AUGUCUCGUCGGAAACAGAAACGACCCCAGCAGCUCAUGAGCCCGCUCCCUGCCGCCUCUCCAAUACUAGAGCAUGGUGAGGAAUUGACUAUUAUUGAUAUGCAGGUCAACAACUGAAUACAAUAGCUAUUAGUAUGGAAAUAAUUAACUUUUUGUAUUGUGUUGUCAAAUGUUAGUUUUUCUCCAUUUGUGUUAUUCAAAAUAUAGAUUAACAGGGUUUUCAAAUAAAUAGGCCAAGUUGUUAUGCUGUUUUUUUGGAAAUAUAUUUUUCUGGGUAGUUAAUACCUUUAUUUCCUCUACAGAACAGUGAUUGUGUAUAUACUACCUGUCACCUGGAAAGUUUUGGCGAUAGUUUUAUUGAAAAUGUUGACCCUAUCUCUGACAGUUCAAAGUCUAAAGUUUUGGGGAUGCUAUGAUGCUCCUUUUAAUAUGUCAGCAAUAGUGUCAUAAUAUUGCAUUUAUUGUGUUAUAGGAGUCUUUUGUUUUCUGCUUUCUGAUCCUUUUUAUUAGUGUAUUUGUUUUUUCCUUCUCACUGCCCUCACCAACCCUCCUUGUAUUGGCAGAUUCAAAGACACAGACCACCCAGUUAGUGGGCAUAUAAAGAGGAGGAAAGAUGAAAACGUAGAGGCAAUACAGUGUAGAGAAGAUGUUACAGUGUUACACUGAAAAGUCUUAUAAACUCUAUCAUUCCAAAUAUGCGUAUUUCGAUUUUGGAACGCCAUUUAGGAGAUGAGAGGGAGAUGGUAGAGGAACUGAUGACCGCGAGAGGUGCUUUAUAAGGUGUUGUAACUGCAAUAGCAUGCAAUCCCAUUGUCCCUCUGGGGCUUUGUCGUUGAGUAGUGAGGCAUAAACAUACCCAAGAACUAGUGUGAAUCUCGAUGUGUGUGUGUGUGUAUGUGUGUUUAUAUGCGUUUGUAGGUCUACGACCAGUCACAGAGGGCUAAUUAGGUGUAAUAAUGUAGUAACAUUGUAGUGGUAGGUUUUAGUAAUAUUGUGUGUGGUGUGUGUGUGUGUGUGUGUAUGUGCUUGUCUCUGUGUGUGUGUGUGUGUGUGUGUGUGUGUAAUGUGUGUGUGUGUGUGUAAUGUGUGUGUGUGUGUGUGUGUGUGUGUGUGUGUGUGUGUGUGUGUGUGUGUGUGUGUGUGUGUGUGUGUGUGUGUGUGUGUGUGUGUGUGUGUGUGUGUGUGUGUGUAUGUGUCUAUAUGUCAGGAUUCCCCAACUGGCGGCUCACGGGCGGUUUUAUUUGGCACCCAAGUUGUCUGAGCAAAAUAAAUAUAUAUAUACGUAUAUAUACAGUUUAUAUAAAUGUAUACAUUUUUUUGUUGAAUUUUCGUUGUUGUACAUAAGACUGUAAAAACACCAGGAAAUCAGCUCCAAGUUAUUUUUAUUUUGGAAAUAUGUUCCCAAGUAUUCCCACGCAUAAUAGAGAGAUGUGAUCGUAUACAAAUAAUAAUAAUAAAUAAUAAUUGAUUGGAUUUAUAUAGCGCUUUUCUACCAACUGAGGUACUCAUAGCGGUUCACAUACAGUGGUGGAGAAAGUACCAAAUUGUCAUACUUGAGUAAAAGUAAAAAUACCUUAAUAGAAAAUGACUCAGGUAAAAGUAAAAGUCACCCAGUAAAAUGCUACUUGAGUAAAAGUCUAAAAGUAUUUGGUUUUAAAUAUACUUAAGUAUCAAAAGUAAAUGUACAGUAAUUGCUAAAAUAUACUUAAGUUUUAAAAGUAAAAGUAUAAAUCAUUUCAUAUUCCUUAUAUUAUAUAUAUCAGACAGCACCAUUUUAUUUUUUUCUUCAAAUGUAUGGAUAGCCAGGGGCACACUCUAACACUGAUAUCAUUUACAAAUUAAGCAUGUGUUUAGUGAGUCCGCCAAAUCAGAGGCAGUAGGGAAGACCAGGGAUGUUCUCUUGAUAAGUGAGUGAAUUGGACAAUUUUCCUGUCCUGGUAAACAUUCAAAAUGUAACGAGUACUUUUGGGAGUCAGGGAAAAUGUAUGGAUUAAAAAGUUUAUUAUUUUCUUUAGGAAUGUAGUGAAGUAAAAGUUGUCAAAAAUAUAUAUAGUAAAGUACAGAUACACCCAAAAAUGACUUACUUUCAAGUAUUUUUACUUAAGUACUUUACAACACUGUUUACAUAGUAGGGGGAAACUCACCUCAUCCACCAUCAAUGUGUAGCACCCACCUCAGUGAUGCACGGUGACCAUUUUUGUUCCAGAACGCUCACCACACAUCAGCUAUCAGGUGGAGAGAUGAGGAGUGAUAUAUGCCAAUUAGGAAUGAGGGGGAUGAUUAGGUGGCCAUGAUGGAAUGUGGCCAGGUUGGGAAUUUAGCCAUGACAUCGGGGUGAAUACCCAUACUUUUACAAUAAGUGCCAUGGGAUUUUGAAUGACCACAGAGAGUCAGGACACCCGUUUUAACGUCCCAUCCGAAGGACGGCACAUUACGCAAGGCAAUGUCCCCAAAAUAUAAUCAAGGUUUGAAAUGAUUAUGCUUUAGUCAAAUAUUAUAUUUGUUUAGGCUUCUUGCGGUCAAUUUGCAAUCUAAAAAUAUUUGUUUUAUUAUGUUAUUAUGGGCUCCUGAGUGGCGCAGCGGUCUAAGGCACUGCAUCGCAGUGCUUGAGACGUCACUACAGACCCCCUGGUUCGAUUCCAGGCUGUAUCACAACCGGCCGUGAUUGGGAGUCCCAUAGGGCGGCGCACAAUUGGCCCAGCAUCGUCUGGGUUUGGCCGGUGUAGGCCGUCAUUGUAAAUAAAAAUGUGUUCUUAACUGACUUGCCUAGUUAAAUAAAGGUUAACUAAAAAAAUAAAAAUAUAUAUGUUCCGGCCCCCCGACCAGCCACUCAAGAAAAAAUUGAUGAUCCCUGCUAUACAGUGUAUUUGGACCUGUUGACUUUUUCCACAUUUUGUUAUGUUACAGCCUUAUUUAAAAAAUACAAAUCCUCAUCAAUCUACACACAAUACCCCAUAAUUACAAAGCGAAAACUGUAACGUAUGAAAAUGUGGAAAAAGUCAAGGGGUCUGAAUACUUUCCGAAUGUACUGUAUGUGUUUAAAUGCGUUUGUAGGUCUGCGACCAGUAUAGUUAGGUGUAAUAGUUUAGUAACAUUGUGGUGAUAUAGUGUAGUAAUAUUAUGUUUGUUAAUGUACAGUACCAGUCAAAAGUUUGGACACACCUACUCAUUCAAGGUUUUUUCUUUAUUUUUACAAUUUUACAUUGUAGAAUAAUAGUGAAGACAUCAAAACUAUGAAACAACACAUAUGGAAUCAUUUAGUAACCAAAAAAGUGUUAAACAAAUCAAAAUAUAUGUUAUAUUUGAUAUUCUUCAAAUAGCCACCCUUUGCCUUGAUGACAGCUUUGCACACUCUUGGCAUUCUCUCAACCAGCUUCACCUGGAAUGCUUUUCCAACAGUCUUGAAGGAGUUCCCACAUAUGCUGAGCACUUGUUGGCUGCUUGUCCUUCACUCUGCGGUCUGACUUAUCCCAAACCAUCUCAAUUGAGUUGAGGUCGGGGGAUUGCGGAGACCAGGUCAUCUGAUGCAGCACUCCAUCACUCUCCUUCUUGGUAAAAUAGCCUUUACACUGCCUGGAGGUGUGUUGGGUCAUUGUCCUGUUGAAAAACAAAUUAUAGUCCCACUAAGCCCAAACCAGAUGGGAUGGCAUAUCACUGCAGAAUGCUGUGGUAGCCAUGCUGGUUAAGUGUGCCUUGAAUUCUAAAUAAAUCACAGACAGUGUCACAAGCAAAGCACCCCCACACCAUAACACCUCCUCCUCCAUGCUUUACGGUGGGAACUACACAUGCAGAGAUCAUCCGUUCACCCACACCGCGUAUCACAAAGACACGGCAGUUGGAACCAAAAAUCUCAAAUUUGGACACAUUUCCACCGGUCUAAUGUCCAUUGCUCGUGUUUCUUGGCCCAAGCAGGUCUCUUCUUCUUAUUGGUGUCAUUUAGUAGUGGUUUCUUUGCAGCAAUUUGACCGUAUAAGCAAAAACUAAAGCAGGAAGCACCAGUGACUCUGUUAAUAAAAAAGUGGUCAGAUGACGCAGAUGCUAAGCUACAGGACUGUUUUGCUAGCACAGACUGGAACAUGUUCCGGGAUUCUUCAGAUAGCAUUGAGGAGUACACCACAUCAGUCACUGGCUUCAUCAAUAAGUGCAUCGAUGACGUCGUCCCCACAGUGACCGUACGUACAUACUCCAACCAGAAGCCAUGGAUUACAGGCAACAUCCGCACUGAGCUAAAGGGUAGAGCUGCCACUUUCAAGGAGCGGGACUCUAACCCGGACGUUUAUAAGAAAUCCCGCUAUGCCCUCCGACGAACCAUCAAAUAGGCAAAGAGUCAAUACAGGACUAAGAUUGAAUCGUACUACACCGGCUCUGACCCUCGUCGGAUGUGGCAGGGCUUGAAAACUAUUACAGACUACAAAGCACAGCCGCGAGCUGCCCAGUGACACAAGCUUACCAGAUGAGCUAAACCACUUCUAUGCUCGCUUCGAGGCAAGCAAAACUGAAGCAUGCAUGAGAGCACCAGCUGUUCCGGAUGACUAUGUGAUCACACUCUCCGUGGCCGAUGUGAGUAAGACUUUUAAGCAGGUCAACUUUCACAAGGCCACAGGGCCAGACGGAUUACCAGGACGUGUACUCCGAGCAUGUGCUGACCAACUGGCAAGUGUCUUCACUGACAUUUUCAACAUGUCCCUGACUGAGUCUGUAAUACCAACAUGUUUCAAGCAGACCAUAGUCCCCGUGCCCAAGGACACUAAGAUAACCUGCCUAAAUGACUACCGACCCGUAGCACUGACGUCUGUAGCCAUCAAGUGCUUUGAAAGGCUGGUCAUGGCUCACAUCAACACCAUUAUCCCAGAAACCCUAGACCCACUCCAAUUUGCAUACCGCCCCAACAGAUCCACAGAUGAUGCAAUCUCUAUUGCACUCCACACUGCCCUUUCCCACCUGGACAAGAGGAACACCUACGUGAGAAUGCUAUUCAUUGACUACAGCUCAGCGUUCAACACCAUAGUGCCCUCAAAUCUCAUCACUAAGCUAAGGAUCCUGGGACUAAACACCUCCCUCUGGUAGGUAACAACACAUCUGCCACGCUGAUCCUCAACACGGGGACCCCUCAGGGGUGCGUGCUCAGUCCUCUCCUGUACUCCCUGUUCACCCAUGACUGCAUGGCCAGGCACGACUCCAACACCAUCAUUAAGUUUGCCGACGACACAACGGUGGUAGGCCUGAUCACCGACAACGAUGAGACAGCCUAUAGGGAGGAGGUCAGAGACCUGGCCGUGUGGUGCCAGGAUAACAACCUCUCCCUCAACGUGACCAAGACAAAGGAGAUGAUUGUGGACUACAGGAAAAAAAAGAGGACUGAGCAUGCCCCCAUUCUCAUCGACGGGGCUGUAGUGGAACAGGUUGAGAGCUUCAAGUUCCUUGGUGUUCACAUCACCAACAAACUAUCAUGGUCCAAACGCACCAAGACAGUUGUGAAGAGGGCACGACAAAGCCUAUUCCCCCUCAGGAGACUGAAAAGAUUUGGCAUGGGUCCUCAGAUCCUCAAAAAGUUAUACAGCUGCACCAUCGAGAGCAUCCUGACUGGUUGCAUCACCGCCUGGUAUGGUAAUUGCUCGGCCUCCUACCGCAAGGCACUACAGAGAGUAGUGCGUACGGCCCACUAUAUCACUGGGGCCAAGCUUCCUGCCAUCCAGGACCUCUAUACCAGGCGGUGUCAGAGGAAGGCCCUCAACAUUGUCAAAGACUCCAGCCACCCUAGUCAUAGACUGUUCUCUCUGCUACCGCAAGGCAAGCGGUACCGGAGCGCCAAGUCUAGGUCCAAAAGGCUUCUCAACAGCUUCUACCCCCAAGCCAUAAGACUCCUGAACAGCUAAUCAUGGCUACCCGGACUAUUUGCAUUGUCCCCCCUACACCCCACCCCACCCCACCCCCUCUUUUACGCUGCUGCUACUCUGUUAAUUAUUUAUGCAUAGUCACUUUAACUCUACCCACAUGUACAUAUUACCUCAACUACCUCAACUACCUCAACUAGCCGGUGCCCCCGCACAUUGACUCUGCACCGGUACCCCACUGUAUAUAGUCUCCCUACUGUUAUUUUAUUUUAUUCAUUUCAUUUCAUUUGAACAGUUGAUGUUGAGAUGUGUCUGUGACUUGAACUCUGUGAAGCAUUUAUUAGGGCUGCAAUUUCUGAGGCUGGUAACUCUAAUGAACGUAUCCUCUGCAGCAGAGGUAACUCUGGGUCUUCCAUUCCUGUGGCAGUCCUCAUGAGAGCCAGUUUCAUCAUAGAGCUUGAUGGUUUCUGCGACUGCACUUGAAGAAACUUUAAAAGUUAUUGAAAUGUUCCUUAUUGAUUGACCUUCAAGUCUUAAACUAAUUAUGGACUGUCGUUUCUCUUUGCUUAUUUGAGCUGUUCUUGCCAUAAUAUGGACUUGGUAUUUUACCAAAUAGGGCUAUCUUCUGUAUACCCCCCCUACCUUGUCACAACACAACUGAUUGGCUCAAACAAAUUAAGAAGGAAAUAAAUUCCACAAAUUAACUUUUAAGAAGGCACACCUGUUAAUUGAAAUGCAUUCCAGGUGACUACCUCAUGAAACUGGUUGAGAGAAUGCCAAGAGUGUGCAAAGCUGUCAUCAAGGCAAAGGGUGGCUAUUUGAAGAAUCUCAAAUAUCAAAUAUAUUUUGAUUUGUUUAACACUUUUUUGGUUACUACAUGAUUCCAUAUGUGUUAUUUCAUAGUUUUGAUGUCUUCACUAUUAUUCUACAAUGUAAAAAAUAGUACAAAUAAAGAAAAAUCCUUGAAUGAGUAGGUGUGUCCAAACUUUUGACUGGUAGUGUAGGUCUGUGUGUGUGUGUGUGUGUGUUUGUGUGUGUGUGUUUUGGUAGUGAAGUGUGGUCUUGAUGGUUUGUGAGUCAUCAUGUCUGGUAGCCUGUUUGUUUUCUUUUGGCCCCACCUCUUCCUCUGCCUGCCCAGAACUAGAAUAAAUGUGUGACCCCAGUGUUCUUAAGGUCAUGUCUGCCUGCCAAUCACGUCUGCCUGACCCUGACACCCUACUGGGUAAUGGGGGAAGGGUGCAUCAAGAGAUGAAAGACAGAACAAAUGGAGAGAGAGCGAGAGAGAGCGAGAGAGAGCGAGAGAGAGAGAGGAGAGAGAGAGAAGAGAGAGAGAGAGAGAGAGAGAGAGAGAGAGAGAGAGAGAGAGAGAGAGAGAGAGAGAGAGGAGAGAUGAGAGAGAGAGAGAGAGAGAGAGAGAGAGAGAUAGAGAGUAUGAUGAGGAGAGAGAGAGAGACUCAUGAUCGAGAUAGGAGAGAGAGAGCUAUAUAUAGCUAUAGGGAGAGAGAGAGAGAGAGUGCAUGUCUAUACAGUGUGGGAAAAAAGUAUUUAGUCAGCCACCAAUUGUGCAAGUUCUCCCACUUAAAAAGAUGAGAGAGGCCUGUAAUUUUCAUCAUAGGUACACGUCAACUAUGACAGACAAAUUGAGAGAAAAAAAUUCCAGAAAAUCACAUUGUAGGAUUUUUUAUGAAUUUAUUUGCAAAUUAUGGUGGAAAAUAAGUAUUUGGUCACUUACAAACAAGCAAGAUUUCUGGCUCUCACAGACCUGUAACUUCUUCUUUAAGAGGCUCCUCUGUCCUCCACUCGUUACCUGUAUUAAUGGCACCUGUUUGAACUUGUUAUCAGUAUAAAAGACACCUGUCCACAACCUCAAACAGUCACACUCCACACUCCACUAUGGCCAAGACCAAAGAGCUGUCAAAGGACACCAGAAACAAAAUUGUAGACCUGCACCAGGCUGGGAAGACUGAAUCUGCAAUAGGUAAGCAGCUUGGUUUGAAGAAAUCAACUGUGGGAGCAAUUAUUAGGAAAUGGAAGACAUACAAGACCACUGAUAAUCUCCCUCGAUCUGGGGCUCCACGCAAGAUCUCACCCCGUGGGGUCAAAAUGAUCACAAGAACUGUGAGCAAAAAUCCCAGAACCACACGGGGGGACCUAGUGAAUGACCUGCAGAGAGCUGGGACCAAAGUAACAAAGCCUACCAUCAGUAACACACUACACCUCCAGGGACUCAAAUCCUGCAGUGCCAGACGUGUCCCCCUGCUUAAGCCAGUACAUGUCCAGGCCCGUCUGAAGUUUGCUAGAGUGCAUUUGGAUGAUCCAGAAGAGGAUUGGGAGAAUGUCAUAUGGUCAGAUGAAACCAAAAUAUAACUUUUUGGUAAAAACUCAACUCGUCGUGUUUGGAGGACAAAGAAUGCUGAGUUGCAUCCAAAGAACACCAUACCUACUGUGAAGCAUGGGGGUGGAAACAUCAUGCUUUGGGGCUGUUUUUCUGCAAAGGGACCAGGACGACUGAUCCGUGUAAAGGAAAGAAUGAAUGGGGCCAUGUAUCAUGAGAUUUUGAGUGAAAACCUCCUUCCAUCAGCAAGGGCAUUGAAGAUGAAACAUGGCUGGGUCUUUCAGCAUGACAAUGAUCCCAAACACACCGCCCGGGCAACGAAGGAGUGGCUUCGUAAGACGCAUUUCAAGGUCCUGGAGUGGCCUAGCCAGUCUCCAGAUCUCAACCCCAUAGAAAAUCUUUGGAGGGAGUUGAAAGUCCGUGUUUCCCAGCGACAGCCCCAAAACAUCACAGCUCUAGAGGAGAUCUGCAUGGAGGAAUGGGCCAAAAUACCAGCAACAGUGUGUGAAAACCUUGUUAAGACUUACAGAAAAUGUUUGACCUGUGUCAUUGCCAACAAAGGGUAUAUAACAAAGUAUUGAGAAACUUUUGUUAUUGACCAAAUACUUAUUUUCCACCAUAAUUUGCAAAUAAAUUCAUUAAAAAUCCUCUCAUCUUCUUAAGUGGGAGAACUUGCACAAUUGGUGACUGACUAAAUACUUUUUUUCCCCACUGUAUAUGCGUGUCUUUUUUCAGAGUUCAGGGUUGUAAGAGGUUUUAGGGUCCAUUGUCCUCUGUCCGGCGUUGCUGUGGAAACAAGGUAGACAGCUCAUGCUGGAAGGUGUAGUCUUGCAAGCCAGGGGAAUUUGGUGUGUGUGUGGGGGGGGGGGGGGGGGUUGACAAGGACAGAGACGAUAAGGAGUGAAGUGAAGAGGAAAGAGAGGGGGAGUUUGGAUGAUGAGGUGGUGGAGAAGAGAACAAAGAGGCAAACUGGGCCUGGAUCUGGUGUUCACCUGACAGCAUGGUCUCCAAAUGUAUAGAUGUUAUCUGAGGGCUUCAGUCCUAUCUGCUACUACUUGCAAAAUCACAAUUCUCAGAGGGACAGAGGCAUUUUAUUUACUCGUAGUUGUUACCUCUAUGAUGGAUUUGAUUCAGUUGCUUUUCCUUGCUAUCCACUGAUCAUCAUUGGUGUGUCAACACUCACUGUCAGAUAAGGUUGACCGGUGGAAAACACUCUCAAAAGGGCAUUCUGAGUAGUGCUCAAAUAGAUUUUUAUGAACCGAAAGUGGUAAAAGUGUGUUAAGUAGAUUCAAAGCUUUGUCUUGCUCAAUAUUACAAUAACUAAGUCAACUUUCUCUCUUGUCUUCUUUCUAAAAAAAAAUUCAGAUGACCAGUUGGCAGUGAAGUCAUUUUCCUUUCCUCUGACCACAGACUCCUCCUCCUCCUCAUCUUCCUCCUCUCCUCAGAGCUACCACCCCCCCCUGGCUCAAGGUCCCUACUUCGGGAGGCUUCACACCCCCUCUCUACCUAGCGAGGGCUCCCCCCUCUCCCGCUCCCCCUGCCAGACCACUCCCUGCCCCAUCUCCCUCACAGACCCCCAGUCCUCCUUCUCCCCUGACUUCCCCGAUCCCUCCCUCUCCUCCCAGACAGUCCGGAGCCUCCCCAACAUCACCUCCACGUCACCUUCCAGUCAGACCCACCCUCCCCGCUCUCUCAUGGCCUCUCCCAAGCUAGGCGUGUCAGCCACUACCACCUCCUCCUCCUCCUCCUCUUCAUCAGCCUCCCUCUGUCCCCCGCCCCACCCUGGCAGCCCUAGCCCUGUGCCAGAGGGCCCCCCAGCCCCGUGACACCCUCCCCAAGCCCGGGCACUGCCUCUGCCCCUCCACCCCGUGCCCACCUUAGCAUUGCAGUGAUCCUGGAGGAGCUGCGGGUGCUGCAGCAGAGGCAAAUCCACCAGAUGCAGAUGACGGAGGAGAUCUGCAGGCAGGUGCUGCGGUUGGGUGGGGCCUCCUGUGCCCUGGAGGUGCCCCAGAUCCUGCCUCCUCUGCCCCAGCUCUGUCUGGAGGGCAGUGAGAGGACCUCCAGUCCCCCCCAGCCUACACCCACCCAGCCUCCUAACUCUGUAGCCCCUCUCCUGGCAUGCUUCUCCGCCCUGCUCCCUCCCCAGCCUGCCUCCAAGCCCUCCAAGCCCAGCCACACCCUGUCCCAUGUCCUGCGUCCACACAAGCCUCAGAUGGAGGGUGCAGGAGGGGCUACUGGGUCUUAUCUUUACCCUGGGACCAGUGUCCGCCCUUCCUCCUCCUCUUCUUCCUCCUCUGCCUCGUCUGCCAUCUCCACCAUGGCUUCCUCCAACUACCCCCUGGCCCUCUCCCUGGCCUUGCCCACUCGUUUCCUCCAUGAGAAAUCCACCAACACCACCUUAGCCAGCAGCCACAGUGGUCUGUCCUUCCUCACCCCGUCCCUGCCCACCACUGCUUCUAUGGCACCCCCCUCCUCUCAGGAGCCCCACCUGUCUGUCUCCUCAGCAGGGUCCUUGUCCUCCUCCCUGGGGCGUCUGCAGCAUGCCUGUCGGUUCUGUGGGAAGCUGUUCAGCAGUGACUCGUCCCUGCAGAUCCACCUGCGCUCCCACACAGGCGAGAGGCCCUACCAGUGCCCUGUCUGCCUCAGCCGCUUCACCACCCGCGGCAACCUAAAGGUGCACUUCCUCCGCCACCGCGAGCAGAACCCAGAGCUCUCGCUCUCCCUCCUCCCCCCCUCCCUGUUUGGGACGGGUAUGGGACCAGCGGGGGGGUCUGAGCUCCAUGGUCAGCCAAUGAGCAGCACUGGUCUGAGCGUAAGCGCAGCGCAUGCUCAGAGGCGUCGUAAACGACGGGCUGAGGAUGACCCGUAUGGAGACGGUAUGGAGGUGGAUGGUGCCGGAGGGGGCUUCUCUCUGGGGGUGUCCACUGGUGCUCCCCCCUCUUCACUCCCCCUGCCCCCCAGUGUGGACCUGGCCCUCAUCUCCACCGCCCACUCCCUCCUGCGGCUCAACCAAGCCGCUGCUGCAGCUGCCGCUGCCUCCAUAUCCUCUGCUGCUUCCUCACUCACAUCCUCUUCUUCCUCCUCUGCGUCCUCCUCCCUCGCCUCCUCCCACCUCUCUGUCCCCUCCUCGUCCGCCUCCGCCAUUGCUGGGUUCUUUAAGGGGGCCAAGCAGCAGUGCUUUGAUGAGAACACGCCCCCUCACCUUCCCAUGAUGUCUCACGCUGCUUAUUCCCAGCUAGCCCACCUCCCUAAACUCCUCUUCCCAUCUGGUUCCCCCCACCAUCACCCUGCCUUGGGCCUACUCCGCCCUCCACCCCCUGCUCCAGGCUCUUCCCACCUAUCCGCCCACUCUCAGCUCUCCUUCCCUUUCUCCCACUACCCCAAAGCCCAGGCCUUCACCUCCUCCCCCUCCACCUCCUCCUCCACCCCCUCCUCAGACACCUCCAAGCUGCAGAGGUUGGUGGAAAAGCUGGAGAAGGAGCCUCCCACCUCCUCUCCCUGGGCCUCCUCCUCAGGUGAGACCUCUCACAGCAGCAUGGCCUCCGCUGGGUUGUUCAGCAGCGGCCUCAUGGGCGCUAGUACCUCCAGCACCUACGUGAUGGCCUCCCCACCAUCCUCCACCCACGCCCCCACCUCCGUCUCCAACUUCACCAGAGAGAUGGUGGCCGCUCUGGGCAUGAGUGCCAAUGGGGGCAGCGCUCUGGCAGGCGCUAUGCUCCCCGGCCUGGGCAUCAUAAGCACUGGCUCCCUGGCCCCCAACCAGUGUGGGGUAUGUCUACGUGUGCUGAGCUGCCCCAGGGCACUGCGUCUGCACCAGGCCACCCACCUGGGUGAGCGCCCCUUCCCGUGUAAACUGUGUGGACGCUCCUUCUCCACCAAAGGCAGCCUGCGGUCCCACCUGGCCACCCACCGUGCCCGCCCGCCCAACUCCCGCGCCCAAAACUCCUGCCCACUGUGCCAGCGCAAGUUCACCAACGCACUGGUGCUGCAACACCACAUCCGCAUGCACCUGGGAGGGCAGCUGCCACCGGAGGGCGCUCCGGAUUCUCUGUCAGAGCCCUUAGCAGAUCCAGACUCUAUCUCCCAGUCCCAGCCCCAGCCCAAUUACACCCCCAAUGUGUCUACUGAGAGCUUCACUGCAGCCUCAGGCAGCCAGUCAAAGAGCUCAGCAGCGUCCACCCACAUUCAAACCCUAGUAGGAGGCUCUGCCCCCAUAUCUGUCAGUGUGACAUCACCAGCAUGUGUUGGGGAGCCGAGCAGAUCUCACUCCUCCAGCCCUGAACUGAUCCCGCCCUCUGACCUCAGCCCUGACCCCUUCCUAAACCCCACCUCACAUACCCCUCCACCUGGCAGCGCCGACCCCCCGGUCCUGUGUGUCAGCGUGCCCUCCCCAUCUCCAGCCCUGAGAGAUUCAAGCUCCCCAGUCAGUGAUGACAAACAUGCUGAACUCCUUGAUACAACCAUUGAUACUCCAGCCAGUAAGACAAGCCCUGCUCACACUUCCUCCAGUGUUCUCAAAACCACCUCCUUGUCCAGUCUCAUGAUGUCAGACUGUCUAUUGGGUGAGAAUUCCCUUCCUCUCGAUGUCUUCUUCCCCGGCCCAAGAUCAAACCUGGAAGAUCUACUGAGCACUCCAACCCUUGGUGCCCCAGUAGCACACCCCAGCCCAGCCCCCUCCUUUACCUCUGUCCUUAGCCCAGAGCACCCUAAAACCUACCUAGCACCCACACUAGACCCAGAACAGCCCCCUAAACCCCACACCCCGGAGCCCACAGAGGAAGACAGGGUUGAAACCUCCCCACCUGCAACACCAAAGCAAGCCCCUGUGCUUGAUAUGGACCCCAGAAUGGCACCACUAUCAGAGACUACAGAGACAGGCGACACUGAGGCUAGGGAUGUUCCCCAGAAAGCUGUCCCCUACACCAGGGAGACGAGGCAUGGGGCAUACCUCAGCUCCUAUGGGAAGGAGGAUGGGAUGGGUGGUGUCAGAGACCGACUGGAAAGCACUGUUCCAAUCAGUCUGGCUCCCACUCUCCCCUCUCCCAUGUCUCGCCCUGAGAAGAAGACCUACAGCUGUGUCGAGUGUGGGAAAGAGUAUGCCAGCCGCAGUGGACUGAAGGUAAGAAAAUGGGGGAGAGAAUGAUGUGGGUAUAGAUUGGUGUGGGGUUGGUAAAAAAUGUGAUCCUCUCUUAUGGACUACAUGUUUAUGGACUUCAUGAUAGCUACAUUGAAGUUGUUUAUUAAUCUGUGGAAUUGUACAUUAGAUGUUCAAAACGUUGCAACCAAUGAACUUGACAUUACUUCUAAAACUAGUUUGAUCCGAUAGUUGGUUUUCAGGUUACAUUUAACUGAAACAUUCACUGAUGAGAAGGCUCCGUACAGACUGAGGUGAAUCAGUCAAGCUAAAUGUUUGUGAUAUAAAUGUUAUUUCCAGCCAGGGUGACUCAGAGGUUGGUCGGAGUGGCAUUUAUGAAAUCUGUUAUUUUUAUGUUCAUCCACAGGGACACAUGAAGCAUCAUGGAGGGGUUGUCAAGGCAACACGUCCCCCUGUACGAAGCGGUCGCUCAGCGUCUGAGCGACUUCCUGCUAACUCACUUACAACGUCCUCCACCCCCCCAGCCACCAGGAGCAACGUGGGCUUCUGGAACCAGUACCAAGCCUUCCUCAACACCAGCAACGACCCGGCAGACGACCCGGCACAAGGCCCGACCAGUGGCAGCCAAGGAGAGGAUGGAGAGAUGCCCCGAUUGGCUGAAUCUCCUGUUAGAUCCCAGCUGUCGAAGGAGCCGACCACUGGGAGGGGCUCAGGAGAGGGAUCUGAUGAAGGGCCUACUCUAGAGUCAAUGUGAUUGGCUUGGUGAUGCUCUGGUGCUCUCAAUGGACAUUCACUGUUCCUUUGGGUCAAACCAUAUGGACUUUUGUAUUGUAUUGCUUCCAAAAUAAUUUGAGUAGUCUGUCGUUUUGGUAGUCCGUGAGUAAAUUGUUUAGUUAGUUUGUGAAAUCUGUAAGUUGGCCAUCCUGGCCUUUUGUUUUAAAAGAGGAGGAAGCUGAAAGAUGCAAACAGAUGACAUGACUCCAGGAUUGAGAGCUUGAGGAGGCCAGAAGUCACUGUCAAAACGUUGAGAGUUGGUGCUGGUUUCUAAAACGAGAGCUCUGUUAGACAGAGCUCUUCUUUAGCUAGCUUUAGAGGUCAUUUUCCUGAACAGAGUCUGACUCAAUGUUUAUUUGAUAGAUAGAAUCUCUAAUAAAGACAUGUAUUGGAAAAGGAGGCAAGGUAGAGAGGAUGUAACACUGUUCACACAUAAACAAUUCCUUCAUUCAAACAAAAAAAUGUAAGGUAGGUGGAUCAGAAU